AUGAUUUUAGGAAGUAAUCUCUAUUUAAUAUAUUUUAAAAACACAUAAAAAAAAGAGAAUUUAAUUACAAUCCUAUAAAUUGUGGCUAACAGGCUAAUUUUAUCACCUAUUAUUGGAUUAACAACAGUUUUAUGUUUAGAUUAAUUUGGUAUAAUUACAGAUUUGUGUGAAUUAUUCAUUUUGUUCAUCACUUUUUGUACUCCAUCAGCGAUCACUAUCCUAGUUAUGGCAAAGCAAUAUCAAUAAUAAUUAGAAGAUGUUGUUUCAUUAAUACUGUUUUAUCAAUAUAUAUUAUGCAUCAUAACCCUACCUGUUUGUAUGACAAUAUAUCUUGCAAUUUUCUAACCGAAAUGA